CCGGGAUGCAGAUACAAAAUUUGAAUGGAAAAGUCUUCGUGACUGUACUGGUUGUUAUCACUUUGAUUAACUUCUACCAUCUAUACCUCGGAAAGCGUGAUUUCAGCCCUAUAACGCUUGCAACACUCCCGGAUCGCCAAGCGCAACUCCGACAUGAGCUCUACUCUCUACUCGAGAAAUACGCACCGCAAUGUCCUUCUCCGGAGUUAGGUCGCUCGGCCGGAAUGCCGCGAUUCGAUGCGCUUGAUGACCCCCCGCGAAAGAAUUACAUCGAUAAUACCGAUGAGCUGUUGCAGCCUAUGCAGACGGCACAUGAUGGGUUUGUGAAGGAGAUUCGGAAGUCCUGGACUGGUCAUCCUUAUAUCGUUGCGACACAAGGUAUCGUUUCUGCUGCUGGGGGGACAUACAUGCCCACAUUCGUGAUCACUUUACGUAUACUCCGACGGACUGGUUGCCAAUUACCAGUAGAGCUCUUCGUCAAAGACUCAACCGAGUACGAGCCAUAUAUCUGCGAAACCGUCCUCCCAGCCCUCAAUGCAAAAUGCAUCAUCCUCUCAGAAAUCAUGACCCUAAACCCCGAUCCCACAAGCAACACAACAGCCACAAUCGAACACUUCCAAAUCAAAUCCUUCGCCCUCCUCUUCUCCUCCUUCGACAGCACAAUCUGGCUAGACGCAGAUAACCUCCCCCUCCACGACCCAACACCCCUCCUAUCCUCCAAGCCCUUCACAUCAAAAGGCCUCCUCACCUGGCCCGACUUCUGGGCCUCCACAAUCUCCCCGACAUACUUCAAUAUCUCCCAACAACCAGACUUCCCAACAAAUGCCCGCGCCUCAACAGAAGCAGGCAUGCUACUCGUCUCCAAGAGAACCCAUUUCCCAACUCUCCUCCUGGCAACAUACUACAACUACCACGGCCCCUCCCACUACUACACCCUCCUCAGCCAAGGCGCCCCCGGCGAAGGCGACAAAGACACCUUCCUCCCAGCCGCCAGCGCCCUCGGCAACCCAUUCCACACAGUCAGCGAACCAGUAGCAGACCUCGGUCGUCCGCAUCAUCCCAACGACGAAUAUGCAGAUGAUGAUAUAGUCGGUUCGGCGAUGCUGCAGGCCGAUCCGGUUGAGGAUUAUGAACUUACUAGCCGUGGGAAGUGGAGGGUGAAGGAUGGGUCUGUGGCCGAGCCUCCACGGGGGUUUUUUGUACAUGCGUAUAAUCCGGAGUUUAAUCCUGGGGUGGACUUGUUGGGUGAGAAGACGCAUGACAGGGAUGGGAAUGCGACGAGGGUUUAUACGGGGCCGAAGAGGGCGUUGAGGAGGAUUGGGUUUGAUGCGGAGAGGGGGUUUUGGGAGGAGGUUAGGGAGGUGGCUUGUGUGUUGGAGGGGGUGUUUGAGUCGUGGAGGGAUAAGGAGGGGUUGUGUGAGGGGGUUAAGAGGCAUUGGGAGAGCGUUUUUGAGAAUCCGGAUGCAGAGGUGUUGGAGUUCACGGAUUGAUGACUUGUUAUGUACUUGUAUAUAGAUUGCAUUUUGUUGCAUUUAUGUUUUUAGAUCAUGAGCGGUAGAAACCCACUUCAACACAACAGAAAUAUUCGCACACUCUCCCCCACCAACCUUCUCCUCCAACCCUACCCCCUCAACACCCCUCUCCUCCCCAUUAACCGUAUACGACUCCACACUCAACGGCAACCCAACCGUCCCCUUCGCCCCCCUCGGCGUACAAACAUUAAUCUCCAAAUACCUCCUCGCCCAAUCAACCGUCCAAUCCCCCCGAAUCGCCCCAAACGGCGUCGGAACUCUCCCUCCAGCCCAAGAAACCCCAACAUCAAGCAACGCAGGUCUGAACGCCCACUCCCUAAACCCAGGCGUCACAGACUGGAUACCAAGGACGUAUUCC